UGCGGCGUCAAUUAACUAGCUAUUAUUCCAGCUUGGUCCAUAGAUAAUGGCCUUGCGGCGUUCCAACCGGAAACGGAAAAUUGACAUGGACGCCGUCUCUGAUGAGUUCAUCGCCGCCCAGACGGACUCCUCCUUACUGUUUGCAAAGCACGUCUUCUCUGACCUGGUCAAAGCAGAUUCCAACCUAGUUUUCUCUCCCCUGUCCAUUAAUAUCUUGUUGGGCAUGGCCGCCGCCGGCUAUACGGGCCAAACACGCCGCAGCCUUCUCUCCUUCCUCAAGUCCGAUUCCACCGCUGAUUUCGAUGCUUUUGCCUUCCACAUCCUCACCAAUAUCCUUGCUGACGCCAGCCAUCUCGGCGGCCCCAGUCUGUCGGCGGCUAACAGCGUUUGGGUGGAGCAAACUCUUUCAUUGAAGCCCUGCUAUAAAGAUCUCUUGGAAAAGUCUUAUGAUGGUGUUUCUCAAUCCGUUGACUUUCGUUUCAAGGCAAGUGAAGCAGUUGAUGCUGUGAAUUUGUGGUUCGACAAGAAAACCGGUGGCCUUAUUAAAAAUGUACUCGAUAAGAGUGCAGUUACUCCCCGAACAAGCAUCAUCCUUGCAAAUGCACUUUACUUUAAAGGAGAUUGGUCUGAGAAGUUUAAUGAAAAGUGUACAAAAGAUAGAAAAUUUUUCCUCAUGAAUGGAAAAUCUGUCAAAGUGCCCUUUAUGAGUAGUGGUAACAGGCAAUAUGUGAAAGCAUUCGAUGAUUUCAAAAUCCUCAGUCUACCGUACAAGAGAGGUACGGAUAUGGGGCGGCAAUUCUCCAUGUACUUCGUCCUGCCUAAUGAAAAAGAUGGUCUGUCAUCUUUGAUGGACUCCAUCACUAAAGAACCGGGCUUUCUUGAACGCCAUGCUCCGGACAAGCAAGUUAAAGUGGGCGCGUUUUUCAUACCGAAAUUCAAAAUAACUUUCGAAUUGGAUGUUUUAAGUGUUUUGGAAAAGCUCGGGGUGCGGUUUCCCCCCAAUGGUCUUGAUGAAAUGGUGGUUGACCCGCAGGAGAAACUCGUUGUUUCAAACAUUAUCCACAAGUGUGUUGUUGAUGUUAAUGAGAAAGGAACAAAAGCUGCUGCAACUACUAGGCAGAUGUUGUUGGUCGGAUGUGCACGUUAUACAGUUGUAGAAGAGAAAAUAGACUUUGUAGCAGACCAUCCCUUCGCCUUCUUCAUACGGGAGGAUGUUUCUGGGGUUGUUACCUUUGUUGGGACCGUGCUUAAUCCUCUUCUCUAAUUAGUACAUAUAAGGAUGUUUAGCUUUGGAUAAUUUGCAUCUUCAUUCUAGAGUAGUGAGGCCGUGAGGGCAUGCUUGAUUUUUUUGUCAUGCACUAUUUGAGAACUUUAAAUUUUUGGGUUUUUCGUUUUCUUAUGAGCGUCGUAAUAAAAGCAUAUGACUGAUUUUGUUGUCAUCUUAAUAAAAGCAUAUUCUUAGGUCCUAUCUCACUACAAGAAAAAGUAUUGUUUGCGUCCAACAUUUUUGCGUCAACAUAAGUGGACGCUAAUAGUAUAUCUUUUGCGUCCACGCGUUAACACAAAACAUAAAUAUCUGCCAAUAGUAUUAGGCUACACUCUGCCGACGCGAAAAAUAUGACACACCUAAAAAAUCUAACCCUUUUCGUUUCCAGAAGUUCCAGCGGAAAUAGUCUGACUUGAGACUCUCCACAUUCCCUCCUCCGUGCUCUAGUCCACCUCAAAGUUCCAGCCCCCGCAACGCCGUCGGCCACUGGCUGCCUUCUCUCUGUGCCUUCCUCACGGAUUCGCAGGGAUGCAGUGUUCCGGAUUUCCAGCAGCACUCGGCGGCACCGGCGCACCGCCUCCAGAUUCGCAUCUUCAUCGCGGCGCCGGCGCACCGCCUCCAUCCCUACACGGCUCCAUGCUUCUCUUCUGGUAAAUUUCAUCUUGGUGUUAACAAGAAUCACUGCCUCUGAAGUUUUCAUAACUCUAUUAUUGCUUAUAUCAAUAUUAGGGUACUAAAGAAGAUUAGAAGCUUUCCAAGCUUUGGAGUGCAGAACUAUUGUGAGAAUGGCAGGUAACCUCUGACUUGCUAUUGUCCCCAACGUGCAUGAGCUAUUACCUCAGCCAUCCCAGAAAAUGUUGAUGAAACACUUAUUGGACUUCUUACUUUUAGAGAAGAGAUUCCUGAAUUGCUUAAGAUUAAUUACUCAAGCAACUUCUAAGGGCUUUCACCUCUAAUAGAUAAGCAAACCCAGUUACCCAGUAAGAUAAAAAACCUGGUUGUCAGCUCCCAUUCUCUAUUCACCUCUAAUGGAGAAUAAAACCCCAGGUAUGUUGAUCCCCAUAGAAGGAACUUUGCAGAUAAGUUGGGAAUAUUAAUCAUAUAAGUAUAUAACUUACAGGUUUCAAAUAGCUUCCCCAUGCACCACAUCAUAGUCUUUAUCAAGGGCUUUAACCCGAAUCGGGAAGGGAUUAGUGAAUCAAGAGGAUCUCUUUAACCAGAAAUGGGAAGAGACUAGUAAAUCAGAAGGAUCUCAAUAAGCACUGUAUUUAAGAUUUUAGAUAUCUUAUAGUUGAAAUGUUUUACUUCGUUCAAUAUAUGAAUGACUUCACGUUAUCAAAGAAUGUAGCAUUGGUCUUGUUAAUGUUUAUUUAGAUUUAAAGUUAGUACUUAUUCAAAA